AGUCCGGUUAUUUGGAGCCUAGUGGAACUUGCAGCGGGCCUUUGAGUCCAGAGGGGAUUGCGCUUCUCCGCACUAUUUAGGAUUUGUCGAUGUUCCAGGGGUUUGGUGGUGGCCGCCGUAGCUUGUGGCACUGCGCGGUGUUCAGGGGCGGAGGUAAAUUUCUCUGUAGGAGCUUUACGUCAGAGGAGAGAGAUUCACCAAUACGUGGCUUGGCACUGUCGGAGGUUGCAGAGUUUUGGUUCGUUGUAAGGUUCACAGUGGUUGCUGCAUCAGGGUAUGCGUUAGGGUAUGUAUUAGGUUUCGAGGGGCUUGCAUAUUGCGUUGCGUGGCUUUCGGUGUUCCCACGCGUAUCAUGAUUGUUGAGAUACCUCACUUCUCCUUUCAGUCUUCAGUGUGGGAUAGCCUUAAACCAUUGAUUUUGUGCCCCUGUAACCUGUAUUAGUUUAUUCCCCCUGUGGGUGUCCUGUCGGGCUGUAGUGUCAAGCCCCCGUGGUUUGAGGAGCAUGAGCGUUGUGUGGAAGGUGAUUUCGUGUCUGCACGACUGAUCCGUUUCCUGUGCCGGAGAGGGUUCAGUCUGCCUUGAAUGGAAGUCGCGAAGUGCUUUUUGGUGAAGAGCACUUGAGGCGCUCGAGGUUUUGUUGUAUUUUUCAACGCCUGGUGCAUGUGUGUUUGAGAAGCGGCGCUGAGCGAGUGGUGGUGGAUCAUUUGCGGACAAUCUGAACGAUGAAAUGUGAUUUUCUUAAAACCUGAUUGAGAAACGGCAAUCUUACUUGUCAUCCUUGCCUUGGCGGCAGAUCGAUGAACUGCAAUUUAACAGCCUCUUUCGGUAUCGUCUAUGACCAAAGUUCUGGAGAGUGAGUUGUGUACUUUGUUGUGUUAUUGUUGUAUUCUUCAACGCCUGGUGCAUGUGUAUUUGAGAAGCGGCGGUGAGCGAGUGGUGGUGGAUCAUUUGCGGACAAUCUGAACGAUGAGAUGUGAUUUUCUUAGAACCUGAUUGAGAAACGGCAAUCUUGCUUGUCAUCCUUGCCUUGGCGACAGAUCGUUGAGCUGCAAUUUAACAGCCUCUUUCGGUAUCGUCUAUGACAAAAGUUCUCCAAAGUGACUUGUGUAUUUUGUUACGUAGAUAUUUUAAAUGUUUGAACUUUGCAUCUUGUUGAUAGAUUAUUGCAAUUGUGUGUAAAAGUUUCUAGGUAGACUUCUUUAAGGGGAACUAAUUUAAGGUCUUGAUUUUUGACUUAAGAUUAAUUAUUUUUACAUUAAAAUUGUAGGUUGAAAUGAGCUUACUAAAACAUGUACAUAAAUAAAAUGAUGGCUUAGUUUUAGAAGUAUAGAUUCAUUUUGUAGGAUGAAAAAUGAUAUGGUUCGUGGAACAAUUAAAAUAAAAGAGUUUGAUAAGAUUUUUUGAAAUUCUAAAUAAUUGUGAGAUAUAAUUUUUUAGUGAGAAGGUAAAAUUGAUUUUGUUAGGUUACUAAAUCAAGAUGGGAUAUGUUUUGGAAUUAUUCAAGAAAUGUAUAUAUAUGGUUUGGAGCUAUUUACAUGGUCUAUAUAUGUCAAGAUCUUCAAGCCCCAUGGAACAAUAUGAAGAAAAAUCAAACAUGCAAGGUAUUUGUGGAGAUACUUGGGAAGGUUCUAGAUUCUAUAUUAGAGCAUUCAAGAUUUUACUGAUGAAAAAAAAUAUGUUGAACAAAAACCAAUGUAUUAAUUUGUGCAAGAAAAUUGAGAAUGUUACAAAGGUUUUCGACCACCAUUUGAUUUGCACUAAUGAUAAAUUGGAGUUUGGACUUCUAUUAAGUGAGCUGUUUUUUACAUUGAAUAAAUCUUACUCUUUAAUGAAGAAGUGUGGAAAAUCAAAUUGGUGUGAAGAAGCUAUAUUCCAAUUGAAUAACAAAGAGACUUUUAGAGAACUAAUACUAGAUUUAAAAUGUUGUGAUAUUUUCAAGUGAUAUGCUUUUAAAGCAUUAUUCCUACAAAUUUGAAGACAUGAUAUUUGAUACUUUUGAUGUUGCAACAUGUCAAGAAAUAGAAGAUAUUAUAUUUUUAUAUGAGAGAUUGAUCCAUGCAUGUAAAGAAGAAGAUUUUGAAUAUCAUGCAUUAGCAAAGCAUCUAUUACAAAGGUUUGAAGACUUGUAUCACAUAGAGAUAGGAAAAUUAGAUUCUUUGAAUUUUACAACAGAUAUGAAAAGUCUUGAAAUCUUAUGAUGUGUGAAGGAAAAAUCUGGAUCUUUUGGAGAAGUUUAUAAAUCCAAGUGGUUGGGACUUUUGUGUGCAACUAAAAAAAUGGAUGUUGCAUUUGAUAAGUUGUUCAUCAAAGAAGUGAAUAUUCUAGCAAGUGUAAGCCAUCCAAAUUUGAUAACAUAUUAUUUUGCAAUGAAAGGUAGUGCUAAUGGAAGAGUUGAAUCUUUUGAAACAAAAGACAAAAAUGAAUAUUUAUAUAUUGGAAUGGAAUUGAUGCAUAACAAUUUGAGCAAUAUGUUGGAAGAAGAGAAAGAAGUAUCUUAUAUUUUUCUUAUUGACAUCAUGCAUCAAAUUGCAAAAGGAAUGUAUUACUUGCAUGACAUGCACAUUGCACAUCGUGGUCUAAAGCCUGAGAAUAUUUUGGUUAAUAUUGUGGAAUCAAUGAUUAAGAAUAAAAUUACUUGAUAUGCUAUUGUAAAAGUGAUUGACUUUGGAAUGUCCAAGAUUGAAGUUGGAAGAAAUUCAAAAGCCACAGAGAAUAAUUACAUUUAUGGUAGUCCUAAAUAUACAGCUCCAGAGGCACUAAAAAAUAGAUUUCAAACAAUGACAAUGUGUCCUUUUGAAGCUCAUGUUUACUCAUUUGCAAUGAUAUGUUCUAAGAUUCUUUCAAAGAAAGAUCCAUUUCAUGAUGUUUGUGACAUAAAAAGAAUAUUAGAAAGAAUUGAAAAAGAUGAAAGACCAAAGUUACCUUCAAAUUGUGAUGACUUGAUAAAGCUUAUCAAAGAAUGUUGGAGGUUGAAUCCUUUGCAUCGACCAAAGUUUGCAAGCAUUUGUGAAAGAUUGGACAUAUUAAAAUGCAAGUUUUUAGUUGGAAUGAAUGUGCCAAAUGCACCAUAUUUUGGAGUAUCAAAGAACAACUACUAUCAAAAUGAAGAAUUUCUACAAACACCUAAAAAAUUUCCAAUGGUUGAUUUAUGCAAUGAAGAAAUAUUUGGUAGAAUACAAUGUUUAUCUCAAAUAAAACAACAAUGUGCAAAUAAAGUGAAGGCAUUAUGUCUUGUUGGUAUGGGUGGAAUAGGGAAGACCACAAUAGCGAAGACUAUAUUGGCCGAUGUAAUAGACAUGUAUGAUGCAUCAUGCUUUGUUGAGUGCAUUGAAAAUGGAGUUGAUUGCUUCACAACUUCUUGCAAUAUUUUAGAACAAUUCAAAGUCAAAUUAAAACCAAAUGAUAUCAAAGAAGCUCAUAGAAUGUUGAAAUCAUUCUUGAUAGAAAACAAAACCAUCUUGGUCUUUGAGAAUGUGAAGAAUCAAAGCCAAAUUGGAGAUGUUGUGCUUAUGGAGGAUAUAUUUGCUAGCAAUGGUAGUACAUUGGUUGCAACCACUCGAGAUUCAAAAGUAAUAGAGCAUUGUGGUGAAGAAGUUUGUAUAAUAAAUAUUGAAGAACUUGAUGAAGAAACAAGUAUGAAGUUAUUUAUCACUCAUUUUUGUGGCCAAGAAAAUUUGCCAAAUGAACUAGUUGAAGUUGGUGAAAAGAUUGUAAGAGCUUGCAAUGGUCUACCAUUGAGUCUGAAAGUUAUGGGAGCAUUUUUGAGAGAGAAUAAGAGAUUGAGAUGUUGGAAGCGAGCUCUAUAAAAGUUGAAAAGGGGAAGAGAGUUGGAUGGAGAUGAGAACAAUAGUAACUACAAGAUUUGGAAGAUAUUAAGAGUAAGCUUUGACAAUUUGAAAGAUGAAGAGAAGAAAAUAUUUUUGGACAUAUGUUUUUUUAGUAGUGAUGUGUGUCCACAAGGCAUGUCGAAAGAAAGAGCAUUGCGAAUGUGGGCCAAUAGUCAAAAAAAUAUAUUUGAACAAGAUGUAGAAUUUAUGUUAGAUACAUUGACUUACCAAUCAUUAGUAAAUGUAGACAAAGAUGGAACUAUAAGAAUACAUGAUCAACUACAAGACAUGGGUAGAAACAUUGUUGAGAAAGAAAUGGAGUAUUAAUACACAGGAAUGUGGAAUUUGAAUGUAGAUCCAUUUCAUGGAUUAUCAAACAAGGUGGAGGGAUUGUUUUACAACAACAUAAACAACAAUAGUAUAAGUGAAAUAAGAAGUGAUUCUUUUUCAUCACUUCAAUUUUUAAGUUGUAAUAUUGGUGAUUUUACACCUAAUAAUGUUAUAAGGAUAUUAAGUA